AUGAAAUAGUGGUCUAUUAUUGACCGUCGUUCUUCUCUUUCUCUCUCUUCAUAGAUUCACGUCGGCAAGAUUCGGUUUGAUUGGAGGGCUUUUGAUUCAGUUACUAGUGAGCUUCAAUCAUGGCCGGCCCAUCCAACUGUUCUAUAUACAUCGGAAAUCUGGACGAAAGGGUGAGUGAGAGAGUAUUAUAUGACAUUCUUAUUCAAGCUGGGCGAGUUGUAGAUUUGUCUUUUCCCCGAGAUAAAGAAACUGAUCGGACUAAAGGUUUUGCCUUUGCACAGUACGAGACUGAAGAGAUUGCAGAUUAUGCUAUCAAGCUUUUCUCUGGCCUAGUGACUCUUUAUAAUCGGACUUUGAGGUUUGCAGUUUCUGGAAAAGACAAAUUGCCUAACCGAUCUGCUCUGCACAUCUCAUCUCCUCAACUAAGGGCAUCCCCAUUACCAAACAGUCACGGUGAAAGUUCCCCAAAUGCUGCACGUUUAUCAGAAGACCAAACAACUGGUUAUGGACAAGUUGAUUCCAACCAAUAUAAUAGCCACAGAUCUCGUUAUGAAGGCACCAAUUUUGAUUACAGUCGAAGAAAUUUGGGAGCAACAAAUGAAAGCUCUAGUCGUUCUAGGUUGAAUCCUAAUAAUACUAGAUACAAACCUUACUGAUUAUGAAUCAGAUAAGUAGCAGUACCUGUAUUGUGCAUGAAAUGGUUUAAUGAUAGUUGGGACAGAAGAGCAGCAAUGGUUUAAUGAUAAUUGGGAUAGAAGAGAAGCUUAGUGGGAAUUUGGAACUGUAUGAAUGACAAAUAGAAGUAGAUUGUUGUAGGCUUGACUAUGUGGAGUGUAGACUCACAUUUCUGUGUGUUGUUUAGUCUUUAUGAAUUGAUUUUAGCAACUGUUAUGUGUAAUACAAUCCUUAUAUGUGAACCAGUAUGUCUGUUUGGAUUUGCA